AUGUUUUCCAACACUUCAGAGAGGAACAUUUUGAUCAGUUCUCCGAAUGUUGCUGUUCACAUCCUCUAUGUUGCUUGGCUUGCUGUCCUGCAGCCUUUAUACCGACUCAAUGCGACUGCUGUACCCCGUUAUAAAAGGUAUUUGGCCACAGGUAUACAAUUUCGGCAACUCGCUUUCUCGUUCAGAAUUUCAAAAUCUGCUAUUUCUACAAUCGUACCACAAGUUUGCAAAGCUAUAUGGACUCAAUUAGUUAGGAAACACAUGCCCGAACCUUCAGAAGAUAGCUUUAAAAACAUAGCGCAAUGUUUUUGGGACAGAUGGCAGUUUCCUAAUUGCAUUGGAUGUAUUGACGGAAAGCACAUUCGCAUAAAAAAACCAAAACAGAGUGGUUCCAUGUAUUAUAAUUACAAAUCCUUCUUUUCGAUUGGGUUGUUAGCAGUCACUGACGCAAAUUAUAAGUUUGUAAUGAUAAAUGUGGGUUCCUAUGCAAAAGACAACGAUGCCGGUGUUUUUGAAGAAUGCCCCUUUCGAAGAGCAAUAGAACAAGGAAGACUAAAAAUACCUAAAGAACAAGUAUCGGGCUCUAAUAUCAUAGCUCCGUAUGUGCUCCUUGGAGAUGCGGCGUUUCCUCUAAAGAAAUGCCUAUUGCGUCCUUUUCCAGAAAAGUCAACGUCAGCACAUCCCGAAGCUAUAAAGCUUGACCUCCUUAGCUGCUGGGAUCUAAAGCAGCCGAAUCGAUCUAAUGCUGCAGUAAGGAUGCACUGUGUCGUGAAAUGUGGAUUAAGCGAUUUUUUUGCUGCCAACAUUUGGGACGAUAAAGAGAGUUUCCAAAGCCCUACGCAGUCCACUCAGGAAGCCAAGAGGUCCAUGUUAACACCUCUCAGGAUCGGAGCGGGGUCCCUAUUAUUGCUGAAAGCCCUUCUGUCAGGUGCAGUCAGCCAAAUGUGA